AGCCUACGAUUCAUUCACUGCGGUCCAUAUCAAUACGCUCUUGAGAAAGACAGGAACGAACUCCUCCACCUCCCCGUCUCUCCCUGAAUUAGGAAAAUGGGAAAAGAUCGAAACGGCGCCGUUCUGGAGAAAGCAAGCAAAACCUCAGACAAAGACGACGGAAGCGAAAGAAAAUCCGGCAAAUCCACAGAGCUUUCCGAUUCCCGCGACUCCGGAGAGGAAACCAGGCGCAGUAAAUCGAGAAGAAAAGCGCGGGAAGUCUCCGAAUCGAGCGAUGAAGAGAAGCACGCGCGGAGGAGGAGGAAGAGGAAGUCGCGGCGGCGGUACAGUAGCAGCGACGACGAUUCGGAUUCGGAGUCGGAAGAGUCAAAGGAGAGCGGGUCGGAUUCGGGUUCGGAGUCGGUGAGUGAGGGCGGUAGCGAUAGCGAGAGUGAGCAGCGGCGGAAGAGGAGGGAGAGGAAGAGGAGGAGAGAGAAAGAGGAGAGGAGGAGGAGAGAGAAGGAGAAGAAGAGGAGGAGGAGAGAGAGAGAAGAGGAGAAGAAGAAGAAGGAGAGGAGAAAGAAGAGGAGGAAGGAGAAGAAGGAGAAAGGUAAGAAAGGAGCGGUCACAGAUUCUUGGGGGAAGUAUGGGAUUAUCAGAGAGACUGAUAUGUGGAACAAACGACCGGAGUUUACUGCAUGGUUGGCAGAAGUAAAACAGGUGAACCUGGAGCAUCUGGCAAAUUGGGAAGAGAAGCAGAUGUUCAAACAGUUCAUGGAAGAUCACAACACAGCUACAUUCCCUUCCAAAAAGUAUUAUAGUCUUGAUGCUUAUUACAGGCAUAAAAUGGAAAAGGAAAUGAAAAAAGGUAUUAAAAAGGUUGUGGAAACAGAGCGUACUGUAUUCAAUGAUGAGGAAGUGCGACGGCAAGAAAUGAUGCGAGUCCGUGAAAAACAAAAGGAAGAAGAAGUAGAAGCUCUGAAGUGCUCUAUGCAGAGUGGACUGGCACAAGCAAUGAAAGAGCAAGCUCAACUCCGGGAAGAGAUGGCUUACCAGUACAAGAUCGGAAACUUUGAGGCUGCUGCUGCAAUCCAGAGAAGGUUGGACCCUGAUGCAGAGUGAUACUGCUAUAUGACAAUGGCUUUAAGGAGUAAUUUAAGGAGUUUAAUCCCAUCAUGUUUCUACUAGCAAAAGAGUUCAUAGAAACCCCUCUGUAUGUGUCUAAUUAUCUUACUUUUUAGCUCAACCAUUUUUGCAGAUACAUAGGAAAUUAUGUAUUCUAUUGUGUUAUUUACUGCUUUCUUACCCAUUUGUUAUGAAGGUCAAGUCACUCUGUUGUGCUUACAAGAUACACCAACAUUAUUGAGGCUGUAUCAUUAAUGUUCAUUAUUAUAUGCUAAUUCUUAAUCA